AUGAGCAAAAUCUCCCUGGCUAGAAUUGCUCAGCUCAAGAGAGUGCUGAUUUCGACAAGAAAGUUUCACUCCGUUGAGCGAGGAAGUAAAUACAGUGCGAGUUAUCGGAAUUACCUGAAGUUGGCCAAUGGGGAGAUCGGUUCUUAUUUCCAUGACGUUCCUUUGGAACUGGACGCUAACAAUAGAACCGCAAAUAUGGUAGUAGAAGUUCCUCGAUGGUCUAAUGCCAAGUUCGAAAUUUCAGGAAAGCUUGAAUUCAAUCCAAUCGUUCAGGAUACCAAGAAAGGCAAAGUGAGGUUUGUACACAACAUCUUUCCCUACCACGGAUAUAUUCACAACUACGGAGCCUUGCCACAGACCUGGGAAGAUCCCAGUCGAGCCAGUGUGGAUGGCCUCAAAGGAGACAACGAUCCGCUCGACUGCUGCGAGAUCGGCUCCAAAAUACUUACCACAGGGACCAUACAAAAAGUCAAGAUCCUAGGGUCUCUGGCAUUGAUUGAUGACGGUGAACUUGAUUGGAAAGUAAUUGCGAUCAGUGUGGACGAUCCGCUAGCAAACGAGAUAGAGGGGCUAGACGACGUCGAACGAAAAUUACCAGGCAUUCUUGAUGCCACAAGGGAGUGGUUCAGAAAUUACAAGAUCCCGGCGGGUAAACCAGCUAACAGCUUCGCAUUUGACGAGGAAUAUAGAGGCAUUGACGACACCAUAGCGACCAUCAAAGUGUGUGGUGGGGCCUGGCAGACGUUGAUCGACGGAACGCUUCUCGCGCAAGAAGACGAUUGCCAAGUGACGAGGGCUGGCAAAGGAAUAACGAUGAAGCCAGACCUGAAGCCUCCGCAUGAAAUUCCUAGCGAAGUGAAUAAAUGGAGCUUCUUAUAUCGCGACUUACCCGGGCAAUAG